AUGGCCAUUGCUGGUGUAAACAACUGGGAUAUUCAGCAACUUGACAUCAACAAUGCUUUUUUGCAUGGUUUUCUUGAUGAGGAAAUGUACAUGACACCUCAUCCUGGGUAUACUAAGGCAAAACUAGGUCAAAGAAAGUAUAUUUUAGACUUGUUAAGGGAUCAGAACAUGGAGAAUUGUGUUCCAGCUCCUUUUCUUAUGUCUAAGGGUUUGCAACUGAGCAAGGAUGAUGGUGAGUUGUUAUCUGAUCUAGAGGUGUACAGAAGGCUGAUUGGUAAACUUCUGUAUCUUAAUAUGACCAGACCUGAUAUUUCUUAUGUGGUACAGCAAUUGAGUCAAUUUUUGUGUGAACUAAGGCUUCCUCACUUUGAUGCUGCUAUUCACAUCUUGAAAUAUCUUAAAGGGACUCUCAAUCUGGGCCUGUUCUAUCCUGCAAAUUCCAUCUUCAUUUUGACAACAUAUAGUGAUGCAGAUUGGGGUACUUGUCUUGAUUCUUGCCUUCAAUUCAGGUUAUUGUGUUCUCCUGGGAAAUUCUCUGAUUUCUUGGAAAACCAAGAAACAAAAAGUGGUGUCUAA